AUGGUUGACUUUCCCCUUCCUAUCCUUGGCAUGCAGAUUGAGCCAUUUUCAUCUCCUCCUGUUCCAGAUCCUAAUGUUUACGGCUUGCAGGCUAAUGCCGAAGAGGAUGAGACGGAGCUGGGUAGCAUGGAGAGCCGAAAGCACGUGAUUCUGCAUAUUCUUUCGCAGCUUAAGCUUGGAAUGGAUCUUACAAAGGUUAGAGUAAUCUACUAUGAAUUCUUUAACAUUAAAGAUGUUAUUGGUUUUAAUUGUUGGUGUGCGGCAGUCCCUUCUUCAUUUUUGUUAGCAAGGCUCUCAUUAACUCUUUAG